AUCAUGUUCUUCUCUAGUAACCCCGCAAGUUCUUUCUUUUUCAUUUCUCUUGCACCUAAUGAACUGCACACGUUUUUCUGCAUCAUCCUACUUUAACUAGCUGAAAAGAUAAGGUCAAAUGUCAUGUUUUGUUCCAUGAAUUCCAAUAGCACAAACACACAAGAAGAUCAAAACUAUUUCCAAGAAUUUAAUUAGCUUCAUCUGUUUACGUGACCCCCCAAAUAUAGGGGGUAUUUAAUUCCCCUUUUGCCGUAGUUCCUAAUCGAAAGUGAAGCUUCGUUUUGGCUGUUAAUAUAAUACUCCCCUUGCUGUCCUCCAUCUCUUUAGCAGCAAAACGAAGAAAGCACCUAACUCAUUUCACAUACGCACAUACUUUUGCUGUAUUCUUUCUCUCUUAAUCUUUUUGGUGACCAUGGCGCCACCAACUCCCUCCACCCCAGUUUCCGGCGUUAGGCUGUCCACGGUCGUUCCGGCGGAGGUCACCGGAGAGAGUAACCAGGACUAUAAGCUAACAAACAUGGACUUGGCUUUGAAACUUCAUUAUAUAAAAGGUGUGUAUUUCUUCGCAGCUGAAGCAGUUCAAGGUUUGACCACUUCUGACUUGAAGAGGCCGAUGUUUCCAUGCCUGUCUGUCUAUUACACUGCUUCAGGAAGGAUCAGGAGAUCUGAAACAGGCAGACCUUUCAUUAAGUGUAACGAUAGUGGUGUCCGGAUUGUCGAAGCUUUUUGUGACAGAACGAUAGAGGAAUGGAUGGCAACGGAUAAUGAUCUGGAUAGCUUUCUUCUUGCCCAUGAUCAAGUUCUUGGUCCUGAUUUAGGAUUCACCCCCCUUGUCUAUAUACAGUUCACUUGGUUCAAGUGCGGAGGACUGUCUGUAGGACUCAGCUGGGCUCAUGUUCUUGGUGACCCAUUCUCAGCUUCAAACUUCAUUAACAACUGGGCCCAAUUUACUCAAGGUCACGUGCCAUGCAAGUCUCUUCACGUGCCAAACACGAACGAACCCGAAUGCCCACCUUCAAUUCCGAGGGAACCAUUUUCUUUAAAGCGGGUCGAUCCAGUCGGAGACUACUGGUUAACUACCAAUAACUGUAAAAUGGAAACUUAUUCUUUCGUUUUCACUGCAAAACAACUCGACACCAUAUUAUCAGAAUCAGCCAUUUCUGAUCUUUUCCAGACGAGCAAGAUCUCGCAUUUCGAAGUCAUUUCCGCAAUAAUAUGGAAAUUAUUAUCCAAGAUCAGGGAAGAUUCAGGGCCAAGAAUCGCGACGAUUUGUACAAGAAAAUCUCGCAACCAUGAAAAUGAAGUUUCGAGCAAUAAGAUGGUGUUCAGCACAGUGAGAGCAGAUUUCUCGGUGGCGAAAGGCGGUGUCGAUGAACUGGCAGCGCUGAUUGCAGAAAAACAGGAAGGUGAAAAUAGAUGGAUUGAAGGAAUAAUGGAGUGUGACAAAGGCGAUGACCAAUCGAACUACAUAGCAUAUGGUGCAAACUUGACAUUUGUCAAUAUGGAAGAGGCGAAUAUUUACGGGCUGGAGUUGAAGGAACAUAAGCCUGUUUAUGCAAAUUAUACUAUCAAUGGGGUCGGUGACGAAGGAGCAGUUAUAGUGCUUCCGGCCGGGCCUGAUAAGGGUAGUAACGGGAGGAGGGUGACACUGAUUUUACCAGAAGAUCAACUGAAAGAGCUAAAAUAUAUGGUCAGAGAAGAGUGGGGUACUGUUUUAAGGUAAAAUAAGUCACUGCACAAAUAUAUAUAUAUAUAUAUAUAAAAUAUUUAUUAUAGUUUGUGGCAUAUCUCAAUGGGUUGGUUGAUGAAAAUAAGAUGCGAAAACUAGUACCAAGAAAAUGUACCAUUCUGUGCAGCAGGCAAAUGUAUGGGCUGCUUGCGGUAGUAGUACAUGAAAUAUUCUGUAAUUUGACUGGGAGUGUUGAUAUAGAGAGUAGCUAAAGGGUCGGGUGUGUAUUCGUUUUUUAAUUCAAAAACGACAGCUUUUUAUUUGUUUAUA